AUGCUUCAUGUCUGGAAUGCAGCCGGCGAGGAGCUGGUCUCGGUACCUGUAGAAGAGGUGAGUUCUGUGCGAAGCUUGAAACAAGAUGUGCAGAGGUGCUGUGGGUUUCCGAGAUUCCGGCAGGCAUUUAUGCACGAAGGCACUAUUUUGGAUGAUGGCGCAAAGUUGGUCACGCCUGGGGAUGCUCAGGUGGUUCUACUAUCGUUCGCUCCUGCUCCCCAGGAAGACAUGCUGACAUUCGUAAUUGCCGUGCAGAACGGCCACGUCCACGACGUCGAGGAAAUUCUACGGCGUCCCCAGGAUCCCAAUCGACCCCGGACGGCUCUGGUUCACGCGUCCACGCGAGGCCACGUCGAGGUUGUAGGCUUGCUACUGGAAGCCGGGGCCGACAAGGAUGGCACGGACAUAGACCGCACCACGGGUCUCCAGCACGCGUCUGGAAGAGGCCACGCGGAGGUUGUGCGAUUGCUACUGCAGGCUGGUGCAGACAAGGACCUCGCAGACUGUCAGGGGCGAACAGCUCUCAUGUACACAUCUCAGCGUGGUCAUGCGGAAUGUGCACGGCUGCUGUUGAAGGCCAAGGCCGAUAAGGACUUGGCCGACAAGGACGGCUGGACGGCUCUCAUUUGCGCAUGUUCACAAGGCACGGAGGAGAGUGUGGCCUUGCUGUUGCGGGCUGGGGCGCGAAAGGACUUGGCUGACCAUCUCGAACGGACGGCUCUGAUCCAUGCCGCCAGCAGAGGUUUGGCUGACAUUGAUCGAUCGACUGGGUUGGUUCACGCUUCUGUCCAAGGCUACGCCACUGUUGUGCGUCUACUGCUCGAGGUCACCUGA